CCUUUGCUUUGCCCCCAUCAAAACGAAAACAAACACAUACAACUGAUACACAAACAAAAAUGUCAACCAAAAACCUCCUCUCCCUCUCCUUUCUCCUCCUCCUCCUCCUCCACAUUGCUUCCGCCAACCCUGUCCGACCCCCCCACAAACCCCUCUCGGUGGCAGUCGAAGGAUUGGUCUACUGCCAAAAUUGCAAGAAAGUAGGGACCUGGUCGUUGACGGAGGCCAAGCCAAUCAGCGGAGCGAAGAUCAGUGUGAUUUGCAAGAACCAUAACGACCAAGUAAAGUUCUACAAGGUGUAUCAAACCAACAAAGAUGGUUACUUUUACGCUGAGUUGGUUGGGUACCAAAUGAACCAUCCGGUUCUCGACCACCCGCUUCAAGCUUGUAAAGUCAAGCCUGUUUCUUCCCCACUUUCCGACUGUAACCUUUUAACCAAUCUCAACUAUGGUCUCACUGGAGCCCCACUCCGGUACGAGAAAAAGUUUGUCCUCGGCCACAAUUAUAGGGCCGCUGUUUACGCCGCCGGGCCACUGGCUUUCCACCCUCAGAAAUGCCUCUAGAUCAUUCAGAAAUAUUAUACAUUUUAAACUAAUUAUUUAUUCUCUCUUCGUGUGGUUUAUGUGUUUUGUUUUGUUAUUAUUUUUAUUUUGGGGUUUGGAAUUUGUUUGGUGCUAAAUGUAGUUUGAUGUGCCUUAUUGGAUGAUGUAGCAAUGGGAAUAUAUAUAUAUAUAUUAUAUAUAUCUCUAGUAAUGAGAAUUGGGAUGUUUUGGUUAAAUGAAAUCAUGUGGUUUAUGUUUUUUUUUUUCAUCAAA